AGAUGAAUGCAUCCCAAUUUUUAAAACUUACAUAAUCAUAUUAAUAAUUGUUCUAGUUUUAUUUCAUUUUCAGUUCAAAAUGACAAAAAAAAAAGAUAACUGUUACUUUUUUGAAAUCAUCCCAUUGAUAAACUCGGACAGUAAAAAAGAAAAAGAAAAAAAAACCUUAACUUUUUCUUCUAUUAUGCUAAUUAUGUUCAUGGACUGGCGUGCUCAUUGGCUGGGUCUCAGUCAAUUUCAUAUUUCAGUCCUGACGUCAGGACGCCUAUAAAACUAAGCAAUGGUUUUUAACUCGUCGGCUGACUGAUCUCUUUGAAAAAAAAUCUAUCAAUCCUAGGGUGGAGUGUUUUUUUUUCCUCCCAUUCUCUACUAGGCAACUAUUUGGCCGGAACACAUACGUGAACCUCCUCAAAUUGGCGCACUAAUCCUAAAAGGAGCCAUGAAGUGUUAAACGGUAGAAACAGAGAGAGCGGCGCUCAGACACCCGCACGCUGGGAGAGAGGGAGGAAACAGCGCUGCUCCAAUGCGUCUGUGCAACACAGACUGAAGAGAGAGAGAAAAAAAACUUAUCGACUCACAAAACCAGAACCUGCGCUGCGCAAUUAGUGCGAGAGAACUCACUUUUCCUUCUGUUUUGAAGAAAAUAAAUAAAGAAAUCAAGCUGGCUCAGUGCGUGUCUCAGCAGCCUACUUUGACAGGUGCUCCUCACCCCCUUUGGAGGACUGUCAACAGCAAGAGGAUGGCAUCAGAGCUGGCAAUGAGCAACUCCGACCUGCCCACCAGUCCCCUGGCCAUGGAAUAUGUUAAUGACUUCGAUCUGAUGAAGUUUGAAGUGAAAAAGGAGCCGGUGGAGCCCGAUCGCAGCAUCAACCAGUGCAGCCGCCUGGUCGCCGGGGGAUCCCUAUCUUCCACCCCGAUGAGCACGCCUUGCAGCUCGGUUCCCCCCUCUCCAAGCUUCUCGGCGCCCAGUCCGGGAUCAGGGAGCGAACAGAAGACGCACUUGGAGGAUUUCUACUGGAUGACCGGGUACCAGCAGCAGCUGAACCCCGAGGCUCUGGGCUUUAGCCCAGAGGACGCCGUAGAGGCGCUGAUCAGCAGCAGUCACCAGCUCCAAACCUUCGACGGCUAUGCCAGAGGGCAGCAGUUCGGCGGAGCAGCCGGGGCAGGAGGCGCCAUGGCCGGGGAGGAGAUGGGAUCAGCGGCCGCCGUGGUGUCCGCGGUCAUCGCCGCUGCCGCGGCCCAGAACGGGACUCCCCACCACCACCACCAUCACCACCACCACCACCACACAGGGGCACACCAUCCCUCCUCCGGGUCCCAGUCCGGCGGCGGCGCGGGGGGCAACCACCAGCACCUGCGCCUGGAGGAGCGCUUCUCGGACGAGCAGCUGGUCACUAUGUCGGUGCGGGAACUGAACCGGCAGCUCCGAGGGGUCAGCAAGGAAGAGGUGAUCCGUCUGAAACAGAAGAGGAGGACACUAAAGAACAGAGGCUAUGCGCAGUCCUGUCGGUACAAGCGCGUCCAGCAGCGGCACGUCCUGGAGGGGGAGAAGACGCAGCUCAUGCAGCAGGUGGACCACCUCAAGCAGGAGAUCUCCCGGCUGGCCAGGGAGAGGGACGCCUACAAGGAGAAAUACGAGAAGCUGAUCAGCACCGGCUUCAGAGAAAACGGAGGCUCCAGCAGUGACAACAACCCUUCAUCUCCGGAGUUUUUCAUGACGUCGAGAAAAUUCCUCCAUCUGUGAUAGAGAGCUGUGCUUUCUUGGCCCCACCAGCCUGGAGACUGCGAUAUUAUGACACUGGAAUGCUGUUUUAUGAACGACCUACGGCACCUGGACUGCCAUGAAGCACAAUGUCUCAAAAGCGACUCGCCCUCCCAGCGGCUUCAGGACAACCCAACCC